AUGGCAAGUUCAAGAGGACAAGCACAGUAAGAUGAGGAAGAGAGUCGACCAUCAACCCAAGAUCAAAGCAGGGGACGGACCUCAGGCAAGCCAGUUCAAGAUGUUGAGUUCAGCUGGGGAGUCUGCCGUGCCACACCCCCUAGAGCUGUCAGAAUUCCAGAGCUUCCCAGUGUUCGAGGACAUUAGCCGUCACAUCAAAACAGUCGGGGCCCAGCUGGUAAAGAAAGUCAAUGCCAUCUUUCAGCUAGAUAUCACCAAAGAUGGGAAGACCAUUCUGCAGUGGACCGUUGACCUAAAGAAUGGUCCUGGGGACAUGUACCUGGGAUCAGCAAGGCUCCCAGCAGACACUGUCUUCACAAUCCCAGAGCCUAUCUUUAUGGAGUUGGUUUUGGGCAAAAUGAACCCACAGAAGGCGUUCCUUGCUGGCAAAUUCAAAGUGAGUGGCAAAGUUCUGCUUGGCCAGAAGCUGGAGAGAGUUUUCAAAGACUGGGCUAAGCUUUAA